GUGCGGAGUGGCGAGGACAGUGGAACGUGUGGAUCGUGAGGGUGCGCCGGUGCACGAAAAGUGACGUUUUGGACCAUCCUCGAGGCGUCCGCGGUGAGCCCGAGGACUCGUUCGCACCUAUGGACACUCCGCGAGAAGGCGUGAAGUGAUAACGCGAAAGGAUUUAACGAACGAAUUUACGCUUACCUAGAGGAGGAGAAACGACACGACUCGAGUCGAGCUACUCGAGAGAUCUUUGCUGCCCCUGACUAUCGUUCCUCGUUAUCAUGGCUACCUUGUCUCUGCGAAUCUCCAUCCCGGAGAAAAACGCCACGAAGAUGAUGCAGUUCGACCCGAGCACGUCUGUCUACGAUGCCUGUCGUAUCAUCAGGGAAAAACUCGCCGAAGCGAGCAAUAUGGGACAACCAAAGGAUUACGGACUCUUCUUGUCCGACGAGGACGCGAAGAAAGGCGUCUGGCUGGAGCCAGGACGAAACCUCGACUACUACAUCCUGAGGAACGGCGAUCUCCUGGAAUAUAGGAGGAAACUGAGGACUCUCCGAGUCAGGAUGCUCGACGGCACCUUGAAGACGUUGCUGGUCGACGACAGCCAACCGGUGGCGAAUCUCAUGGUAGUGAUCUGCACGAAAAUCGGAAUCACGAAUCACGACGAGUACUCCCUGGUGCGCGAGCUCGUCGACGAGGAGACCGAAAAUCAAAAGCCUGCCAAUUUUGGCACGCUCACUCUCAAGAGGAAGAAGGAGGAGAAGGUCGAGAGGGACGCGAAGAUGGACCAGCUGAGGAAGAAACUGAAGACGGACGACGAAGUUAACUGGAUCGAUCCCAGCAAGACGCUUCGCGAACAGGGCAUUGACGAGUCCGAAACCGUUUUGCUUCGUCGGAAAUUCUUCUUCUCCGAUCAGAAUAUCGACAGUAGAGAUCCUGUACAGCUCUCGCUCCUCUACGUCCAGGCUAGGGACGCGAUCCUGGACGGCACGCAUCCUGUCACCCAGGAGAAGGCUUGCACCUUCGCCGGGAUUCAAUGCCAGAUUCAGUUCGGCGACCACAAGGAGGACAAACACAAACCCGGGUUCCUGGAUCUGAAGGAGUUCCUGCCGCAGUCCUACGUCAAGGUGAAGGGCAUCGAGAAGAAGGUCUUCGCCGAGCAUAAAAAGCACGUCGGCCUUUCCGAAUUGGACGCGAAAGUCCUCUACACGAAGACGGCGAGAUCCCUGAGCACUUACGGGGUCACCUUCUUCCUGGUGAAGGAGAAGAUGAAGGGGAAGAACAAGCUCGUGCCGCGACUCCUUGGCGUCACUAAGGACUCCGUCCUGCGACUCGACGAGAAGACGAAGGAGAUCCUGAAGACCUGGCCCCUGACGACGGUCAGAAGGUGGGGAGCCUCGCCGAAUACCUUCACCCUCGACUUCGGGGAUUACUCCGAUCAGUACUACAGCGUGCAGACGACGGAGGCGGAGCAGAUCCUUCAGCUUAUCGCCGGAUACAUCGACAUCAUCCUGAAGAAGCAGAAGGCGAAGGACCACUUCGGCAUCGAGGGCGACGAAGGCUCGACCAUGGUCGAAGACAGCGUCUCUCCUUUGAAGGCGACCAUCAUGCAACACGAGACCAGCAACGUUGGCAAAGGAAACGUGGAAGCCGUUUCUGUCGCGAUUCCUGCUGUCAUGCGAGUCGGAGGAGAUGGGGCUCGGCCGUAUGGAACUGGGCACAUGGCAGGAGCACAAUAUACAACCAUCAGUGGACAAGUCAACAUCGCCCAUGCUCCUCCAAUGGUGCAGCAGACCAAGGUGACGUCGGUGAUGUCGGAGCCGCAGCGAGCGUUGUUAUCGACAAUCACGGCCGGCCACGAGGUGAUCCAGACAGCGGAGGUGGAGCUGACGACGAAGGUGCAGCUCCCGGAGCUGGGCUCCGACCCGGCAUCCUUGAAGUGGAUCGAGCAGACCAUCGACACGCACAAGCAGAGCGUGGGGUCGCAAAUAGCUGCCAUGAACGCGGCAACGGCUCAGGUGGUGACCCUGACUUCCGGACCUGCCGACGACGUGGACCACACCGCGGUCGGGGCAGCCAUCACGACCAUCGCCACCAACCUGCCGGAGAUGACGAAGGGGGUCAGGAUGAUUGCCGCUCUAAUGGAGGACGAGAACUCCGGGGACAGACUCCUGGACGCCGCCAGGAAACUCUGCUCCGCGUUCUCGGACCUCCUCAAGGCCACCGAGCCGGAGACCAAGGAGCCGAGGCAGAACCUGCUGAACGCAGCGUCGAGGGUGGGUGAGGCAUCGCACCAGGUGCUGACCACCAUCGGCGAGGAGAACGAUUCCAGUCGCGAGCUCCAGGACAUGCUGCUGGCCCUGGCCAAGGCAGUCGGGAACACGACGGCCGCCCUCGUCCUUAAGGCGAAGAACAUCGCGGCGACUUGCGAGGACUCCGACACCCAGAAUCGGGUCAUCUCCGCGGCGACCCAGUGCGCCCUGGCGACGUCCCAGCUGGUGGCGUGUGCCAAGGUCGUGGCCCCGACCCUGCACUCUCCGGCUUGCCAGACUCAGCUGAUGAACGCCGUCAGGGAGGUCACCAGGGCGGUGGAGGCGCUCGUCCAGACCUGCAACGAGGUCUGCGGGGACGAGAACCUGCUGAAGGAGCUGGGCGCCGCCGCGGCCGAGGUCAGCAGGACCCUGAACGACUUGCUGAACCACAUCAGGACCGCCACCAGGGCGGAGCGCGCCAAGGAGACCGUGCAAGAGGGUGCCGUCGAGACCAUCCUCGUCGCGACCGACAAGCUCUUCGCCAGCACCGGGGAUGCCGGCGAGAUGGUCCGCCAGGCUAGGGUCGUCGGCCAGGCCACGGCUCAGCUGAUUCAGAACAUCAAGGGCGAAGCUGAGAGGCAAACGGACACGGAACAGCAGCGCCGCCUGCUGGCGGCGGCGAAGAUGUUAGCGGACGCGACUGCGAAAAUGGUGGAGGCCGCUCGUCAAUGCGCCAGCAGUCCCCACGAUGCACGUAUGCAAGAUCAGCUUCGACAAGCAGCCGAAGAGCUGCGAGCAGCUACGACGGUUGCGGCUACUCCAGCACUCAGGAGAAAAUUAAUCGGCAGAUUAGAGGUCUGCGCGAAACAGGCAGCAUCGACGGCUACGCAGUGCAUAGCGGCAUCUUCAGGAACCGGGCAGCACAAUGCGAACCCUCAGAGCCAGGAAGAGCUGAAUGCGGAAUGUCGGGCGAUGGGGCAGCGAAUUCCGCAGCUGGUGGCAGGGGUCAAAGGUACCCUGGCCCACCCUGACGACGCUGCGGCUCAGCUGAGCCUGAUAAACGCCUCGGAGCAGUUCCUGCAACCGGGGAGUUCGGUCGUCAAGGCCGCCAGGGCGGUCUUGCCAACGGUUACCGAUCAGGCUUCGGCGAUGCAGCUCAAUGAGAGCUCCCAGCAGCUGGGGUCGUGUCUAGCCGACCUCCGGUCGGCCGUCACCAGGGCUAGAGAGGCCUGCGGAGGACUCGAGCUGGACGUUGCCGAAGAGCUGAUAGACAGUCUCAGGGAUGAGUUGAGGGAGUUCCAUAGGGCGGUGGAGGCGGCUACCCUGAAGCCGCUCCCAGGGGAGACGAUCGAGUCCACCGCUCUCAGGGUGGGGUCGACCUCGAAGAGCGUCGGCUUCGCCAUGGCGCAGCUCUUGUCCGCUGCCAGGCAGGGGAACGAGAAUUAUACGGGAAGUGCCGCCAGAGAGACCGCUUCUGCCUUGAAGGAUCUUACCUCUGCCGUGCGUGGAGUCGCCGCCACCUCGAAGACCUCCCCAGACACCCAGAAGAAGGUCUUGGCCACUGCCGAAGAGGUCAUCCUCAGGUCGGUCAGGCUGGUUAAGGAGGCUAGGAGAGCUCUGGAGAACCCGGAUCAUCCUGGAAACGAGGCCAACCUCGCCGCUGUUGCUAGGGAUGUCUCGGUCUCCCUUGACAGAUGCGUCUCCUGUCUUCCUGGGCAGAAGGACGUCGACGAUGCCAUCAGGAGCAUCGAUGACAUGAGCCAGGUCCUCGCCAACAACGAGUUCCCGCAGACGAACAAGAGCUUCGGGCAACUUCAGCACGACCUUGGGGACGCUGCCGCACAUCUGAACGACGCCUCCUCCAACGUGGUUACCUCGGUCCGAUCUCCGGUCCAACUUGCGAGCUCAUCCAAACAGCUGACCGACGCCUUUGGUAACCUCCUGGGGGUCGGCAUGGAAAUGGCCGGUCAGACCUCGGUGGAGACGACGAGGACCCAGAUGGUGGUGUCCCUGAAGAACGUUAGCAUGACCUCCAGCAAGCUCUUGGUCACUGCCAAGUCGGUCGCUGCCGAUCCCAACGCCCCCAACGCGAAGAAUCAGCUUUCCGCCGCGGCUCGUGCCGUCACCGACUCCAUCAACUACCUCAUCGACGUCUGCACGUCCGCGGCACCUGGACAGAACGAGUGCGACAACGCCAUCAGGAACAUCCAGUCCAUGAGGUCGCUGCUAGAGAACCCCAGCGAGCCCGUCUCCGACGCUUCUUAUUUCGAAUGUCUCGACACGGUCAUGGAGAAGAGCAUGAGCCUAGGGGAUGGCAUGACCGGGAUCGCCAACCAUGCCAAAAGGUCCGAGCACGAGCAGUUCUCAGUGGCUGUUAGAGGCGUCUCUUCGUCUAUCUGUGGACUCGUCGAGGCUGCUGCACAGGCGGCUUACCUGGCCGGAGUCAGCGAGCCAAGCUCGGUUGCUGGGAAGCCAGGUCUAGUGGACCAAGCCCAGUUCCUUCGAGCGGCGCAAGCCAUCCACGCAGGUUGCCAGAGCCUGGGGAACCCGACGAGCACCCAGCAGCAGGUCCUCUCGGCAGCGACGAGCAUAGCCAAGCACACGAGCGCCCUCUGCAACGCUUGCAGACUAGCAUCCAGCAAGACCAGCAACCCGGUAGCGAAAAGGCACUUCGUGCAAUCAGCGAAGGACGUGGCAAACUCGACGGCGAGCCUCGUCAAGGAGAUAAAAGCCCUGGACCAGGACUACUCGCCGACGAACCGAGAGCGCUGCGCCGAGGCGACGAAGCCCCUUCUGCACGCGGUCGACGACCUCUGCACCUUCGCCUGUUCCCCGGAGUUCACGAGCCAGCCCGCGAAGAUCUCAUUAACGGCAAGAGCUGCCCAGGAACCGAUCCUGGCGGCAGGAAGAGCGAUCAUAGACGGGUCCUGCGCGAUGGUGCAGGCGGCAAAAAGCCUGGCCGUCAGUCCCAAGGACCCUCCGACCUGGCAGCUCCUGGCGAACCACAGCAAAAGCGUCAGCGACUCCAUCAAGGCCUUGGUGGCCUCCAUCAGGGACAAAGCCCCGGGUCAGAAGGAGUGCGACGAGGCCAUAGAGAAGCUGUCCGCCAGGAUCAGGGAGCUGGACUCGGCGUCCUUGGCCGCGGUCUCGCAGGCUCUCCUCCCUAGGAGAGAGAACACCAUCCAAGGGUUCACCGACCAGAUGGAGAGCAGCGCCAACGAGCUCAGAGAGAAGCUGGAGCCCCUGAGGACCGCUGCGAAAUAUGAAGCCGAACAUGUCGGUCAUGCCGUUAACCAGGUCGCUCAAUAUUGCGCGCCGUUGGUUUCCGGAGCCGUUGGAGCGGCCUCCAACAUGGUGCACUCCAAGCAGCAGAUGAUCCUCCUGGACCAGACCAAGACCGUUGCAGAAUCCGCUCUUCAGCUUGUCUAUGUCACCAAGGAGAGCGCUGGCAAUCCUAAGGCGGUUAAUCUUCAUGCCGAGGUCGACGAGAUGGUCGAGUCUACCAGGGAUGCUCUUCAGGAACUCCAGAACACCCUGGAGAGCAUUUCCACCUCCAGUGGCAUCGUUACCGGGCUGAUUGAUACCAUAUCUAGGGCUAUGGUGAGGCUGGAAGACAGAAGGAGCUCCACUAUCGACACCGUGGACUCCUACGUUGAUUAUCAGACCAGGAUGGUCGAGGCUGCCAAGGAGAUCGCUAGGCUUGCUCAGGAGAUGUCGACGAAGUCCAGCACCGACGUCGGGAGGCUGGGGCCUUUGGCGGUGGACAUUUCGCAUAAAUACACACAAUUGGCGAGAGACGCAUGCGGUGCUUCCGCUGCCGCCUCCAAUGCUGACGUCUCUUCAAGGUUGCGCUCCGGGGUCCAGGAACUGGGUCGAGUUUGCGUUGACAUCGUGCGGUCUGCCGGCACCUGCCAAAUGUCACCCGGGGAUGCGUAUGCUCAGAGAGAGGUCGCGGAGAACAGCAGGGCCGUCACCGAGAAGGUGUCCCAGGUGUUGGCUGCUCUUCAGGCUGGGUCCAGAGGAACCCAGGCGUGCAUCAAUGCCGCCAGCACCGUCUCGGGCAUAAUCGGCGACCUGGACACGACCAUCAUGUUCGCCACUGCUGGUACCCUGCACGCCGAGAACGAGGACGACACCUUCGCUGACCACAGGGAGAACAUCCUGAAGACCGCCAAGGCACUCGUCGAGGACACCAAGACCCUGGUUGCUGGGGCGGCAUCCUCUCAGGAACAACUCGCAGUUGCUGCUCAAAAUGCGGUGUCGACGAUCGUCCAGCUGGCGGAGGUCGUCAAAUAUGGAGCUGCAAGUCUCGGCAGCCACAACCCUGAAGCGCAGGUGAUGCUGAUCAACGCCGUGAAAGACGUGGCCUCGGCCCUGGGUGACCUGAUCCAUGCAACGAAAGCUGCAAGUGGAAAGCCCAUCAACGACCCCAGCAUGGCGCACCUGAAGGACUCCGCCAAGGUGAUGGUGACCAACGUGACGUCGUUGCUGAAGACCGUCAAGGCCGUGGAGGAUGAACAUGCCCGAGGUACCAGGGCCCUGGAGUCGACCAUCGAAGCCAUCGGCCAGGAAAUCCGGGGUUUGAGCUCCGCCGAGAACCAGCGGGCCAACGUCACCCCGGAGGACCUCGUGCGGUGCACGAAGAGCAUCACCACGGCCACCGCCAAGGCCGUUGCUGCCGGGAACAGCUGCAAACAGGACGACAUCAUCGCCGCCGCCAACAUGGGCAGGAAGGCCAUCAGCGACAUGCUCACCAUCUGCAAGGGCGCCGCCCACGCAUGUGCGGAGACCGAGGAACUCAGGGUCAGGACCCUGCAAGCUGGACACGACGUCGCCCUCAACUAUAGGGAACUCCUCCAGGCCAUUUUGCAGAUCGCCUCCAGACCUGGCGGUGACCUGGCCAAGCACACCUUGCCUCCUAUCUCCAGGAAAAUAGCUCAGAGCGUCACCGAGCUCGUCGCCGUCGCCGAGUUGCUGAAGGGCACCGAUUGGGUUGACCCUGACGACCCCACCGUCAUUGCUGAGAACGAACUCCUAGGAGCUGCUGCUAGCAUCGAUGCUGCUGCCAAGAAGCUGGCUAGCUUGAGACCUAGGAGGAGCGUCCAGGAAACGACGGAGGACAUGAACUUCGACGAGAUGAUCCUGGAGGCCGCAAAGUCCAUCGCCGCGGCGACUUCUGCACUCAUCAAGGCGGCGAGUGCCGCACAGAGGGAGUUGAUAGCCACGGGGAAGGUGUCGAGGACUCCAUUGACGAGCUCCGACGACGGCCAGUGGUCGGAAGGUCUGAUCUCCGCGGCUAGGAUGGUGGCGGCAGCGACUCACAGCCUGGUGGAGUCUGCAAACGCCCUGGUCCAGGGGGUCAGCUCCGAGGAGAAGCUGAUAUCCAGCGCGAAACAGGUCGCCAGCAGCACGGCCCAACUCCUGGUGGCAUGCAAGGUCAAGGCCGACCCCGACAGCGAGAGCACCAAGAGGCUCCAAGCCGCGGGUAACGCCGUCAAGAGGGCCACCGACAACCUGGUCAGGGCUGCCCAACAAGCCAUCCAGCAGGAAGAGGACAGGUCCUUGAUCCUGAACCGAAGGAUGGUCGGCGGAAUCGCCCAGGAGAUCAACGCCAGGUCGGAGGUGCUGCGCAUCGAGCGAGAACUCGAAGAGGCCAGGGGAAGACUGACGGCGAUUCGCCAAGCCAAGUACAAGAAUCGACCCGACGCCUCCUUUUUAUCAGACACUGAUAACGACGCCGACCAGAGUGGAUACGAGAGCUACGGCACCGUCAACACUUCCGUCACCGGGGCUAGGUCUCCCGUUAGGGGUGCGGGUCAGGUCCAGGUCGACAACUACCAGGAUAGGAGCGAAAGACUCGUCAGUCCUGAGAAGGUCUACUCCACGCAGAGCACCCUGGAGAAGAGGAUGAAGGACGACAGGUAUCGCUACAACGCGGUGGAACAUCAAUAUGGCUCCCUUGAUGGCAGGAGGUGCGUCCAGGACGAGGAAAAGCCGUACGUUCCUGGGGAGAGGUCCGUGGCUUUCCGGACCGAGGACUCGUGUCCUGGACAGUACAGCUCCAUCGAGAGGAAGAUCAACCGAGAGAGCUACGAGGGCCACUACGGGGGACCAGGACUUCAGGACUCCGAGUACCCUCCUCAGGAUCAGCUCUCGGGGCCCAACGAUUAUUACUCCGAGGAGAGGGGUUUCGAGCAGCAGAGAUACUCCCCGAAGGACCAGGACCAGGUCAGGGUGUCCUUGCCGAGUCCUGCUCUGAGCACUUUCAGGUCAGACCCCAAGCCCGGCGACCUAAGGAGAACGGCGUCUCCUGGGAUUCCGCAGACCCAGACCUCGAAAAAUGUCGAGACCAAGGUCACACCCACGGGGAGGGUCGAGACCAUCACCACCAGGGUUUACACCUCGACCCCCCUCGGCAAGUCCAACUCCAACUUCGAGUCCUCCUCCGAGGAGACCAAGGAGUUCAGCUCUUCGGGGUGCAACGACCUCUCCACCUUCAGGGCGCUGGACAACGAGACCCUCGAACAGAGGAUGCUGAAGCAGUCCAUGAUGCAGAAAGUCACCGAGAAGAAGACCAUCACCACCACCACGACCAGUCGCCAGGAGUCCAACACCAAGACCUUCCGCUACGAGGAGAAAUGAGAGGAUUGGAGACCCUGAAGAGAUACGCACAGGACCUUACUUACUGAUAACACCUUAAGUUCGAACGCGAUUCUAGAGAGUAGGAUAUUCCUUAUUUGUAAGUGUCCUUAGGUAGGAACCGCGACACCUGUUCAGUUGCAACUGCAGCUGGUCCAGCUCUUCCUGCACUGCCAAGGUCGGACUUUUUCUUUGCUUUUAGCGUCGAGGUCGAUUUAAGGUUGGCCGUUGUAUUGUAUAAAUAAGUGCCUGAAAAUUUCCGACCAACUGCAGUUGCAACGAGUUGAGGUGUUCACGUGCUCGAGGUGUCGUCGAGGGAUUUUUGGUAUCCGCAAGUGACCUAUUGCGACGCCUAGAAGAGUCCAUUCUUCAGCUUGGGGUGUUGUCAAUUCGAGAAUCCCUCAUUUAUAAUCCCUAAUAUUCUCUCCGUAACAAUUGACCUCUCGGCGACACUUCGAAGCCGCGAAGACGCUCUUCGGCUUCCCGGUCUCGCGCUACCGGAAACGAAAUUGCCUUUUCCACGACGUCCUUACAAGCUAGCUCGUCCUGCCACUCGCGAGCCCUUAAUGCGUAUUAAGCCUUAAUUAUUUAACGUUAAGUUGAGACCGAUUAACAAGAGAAGCAACAUAUCAUUUGACUGUAUUCAUUUCCAGAAGAGCCGCGCGCGUUAAUUCCGCGGCACGUUCUCUAUACCUUCCGACGCCAUUUUCUUUUUCUUCGUCCGGAUCGCCUCAAGCUCAAUCGAGGUCGCUUAACGAUCCUCUAAUUAAUGCCACGUAAUUACCAGAUACACUGUUAAGAAAGGAUUAAAAAAACCCAGUCGAUAAACGCGCGACGGGAUGAGAAAUCAAUUAUCUCGCCUUUUUAAGAAACAUUUAAUCGUGCCUUUUGAUCCGGAUCGAGCUUCUUCUCUUUCUCUACGCGCUUUCUUUAUUUCUCUUAUAUAUAUAUAUAUCUCGUUUACUUAAACGGUUAUCUAUAUUUUUAUCUCUUACGAAACGCAGCGAGGAGGCCCCUCGCGCUUCUACGCUUUCGUAGAGCCUUAGAUAACUAAUAUGAAAUAACCAUUACCAAAAAUCUCACGCUUUACUAAUAACGAAUCUCUUCGUUAGUCGUUGAGAAAUACGGAGUGGGUGGAAGCGAGGAUAAUUAACGAAGAUAUGAGAUUUCUCGAGGAAAGCCUGACUGAGCGGAAAUGCGAGCCAGGGUGCCAUUAGUUCUCGAUGGGGUUUAUUCUAGUAAAUAAUUGUAUAUGCGCCUAGUUUAAUACAUUACUACUGGAUAUUUAUAUAUGUACGCGUACACAAGACACAUAACAAUGUAUAUGUUAUAACGCGGCUUUGUGUAACGUUAAUCGUUAACCUCGGAUUUAACGAAUUGGAGGCCCUUAACGCUGGAAUGUUAGAAGCCUACUCGCCUCGUGAUUAAUGGUAUUUUUUAAGCCGACUUUUAUUGCUAAUUAUACGUAUAGAGAUUUAUAUUAUACAUUUACAAGUCGAGCUGUUAUAUUCGACGUUUAUUCGGCGCGACGGCCGGAACAAUAAAGAAUUUCUAACAGG